AUGUUUGGAGGAGGAGGAGGAAGCUCUAACAAGCCUAAAAGACGUUCUUUUUUCUUCCUAGGAGGAAGUAAUGAAUCUACACCUGCUUCAAGUCGAACUGUCUCAAAAAAUGAUGGGAAAAAGGUUAAAGAGACUAAAACUACUAGAAGUGUGUCUGCUCCUAAAGAAAAGUUACCUUUGAAUAGAAGUGGUUUCAUGAUUAAUGAUAUAAAAGCUGAUAAAAACAUGAUGCAAAAGCGAAUACCUACCCCAGUAAUUCAAACUCAAAAUAAUAAUACUGCAAAUAAUAAUGAUAAGAUUAAUAUUAAUAAUAAUAAUGCUAAUAAUAAUAAUAAUUCCAAUAACCCAUUUAGACAACCUUCUUUAGUCGCUGAGGAACCAGUUCGAAGGGAAACGAGAUCUAGAAGACCUCCACCUCCUACUGUAGAUUUAAGUUUAAUUCAACCAGUUAUUUCAAAUGGACCUCUACGAAAUGAGUUACAGUUAAAUAAUCAUAAUGCUUCUGAAUCAACAAUGGAUAUGUCCAACUUUAUAAAAGGACCAGAAGAGAUUGGACUCGAUUCAAGUAGGGCGGAUGUUCCAUCAUCUCAACAACACAGACGUCAAAGAUCAGAAGCUGAAAAACUAGUUGAUGAUAUAGCAGAAUAUAUAGAGGAGCAGCAAAUACAAAACAAGAAUUCCAAUCGUUCACUAACAGCCAGUAUUGAUGAAUUGCCUCCAGUUUCUCCAGUAGACGAGUUACAUUUAAAUACAGAUAAUCUUUCAAUUAUGGAUGGCAAUGGUGAUUCAAGAACUGAAAAUUUGAAUGAUUUUGAUAACAGUUUAUCCAAUGAUGAAUACUCAGAUAGAUUAAAUCUAGGUGUUGAGAAGGUACCUAGUAGCAGUAUCGGCGAUACUUCUUCAUUGAAUAUUUCUACAGGAUUGGAAAGUGAAAGGUUUUCAUUUACAGGGACUGUAGAUGCGAAGUCGAUACAAAGCUAUCAAAAUGCUCGAUCAAGCACAGUUGAUAAUUCUACAUCUGUAUUAAAAAUAAGUAAUAUUAACACAAAUGAGUUUUCUGAUCAAAGUUCUUCCUCUAACAGUUCAGAAAAUAAUCAGGGAUAUAUAAAUACUAAUUCAAGAAUUGAAAAGAAUUCAAAUCAUUCAAAUUUAGAAAACCUUAGUACGGAAACUUCGGAUAAUGAGGAUUAUGUGAUAUACAAUAGUUAUACUAAUACGGAUGGUGACUCCUGUGUUUCAGGACCAAAAACUUUUAGAGUUGUCAACCAAGAUAGCACCAAAUUUACAUUAGGAACUGAUGAUGAUUUAGCAACUUCCACAGAGGAUGAUGUCAAAACUAAUGAUUUAGCAAAUAGUUUUAAUGAUUUAGCAAAUAGUUUUAAUGAUUUAGACUUCAAAUCUGGAUCUUUAGAUUCGCACAAUCGUGAUGUUGUAACUCCUACAGUUGAGACACAUGAUAGUAUCUCAAAAAAUGGUAGCUUUAAUAUUGCUUCAAGACCCGAAAUUCCUUCUAUUCCAACUUCUCCAGAAACGGCAGAUCUAAGUAUAUACCAUCAGUCUUCAAAACAAAUAAGGGCGGCUAUUAAUUCAAACAGCAUAAACAAUUCUAGCUCAACAGUUUCUAGUACACCAAUAUCAAAUAAACGUGACACUAAUGUUAGAUUGGUUUCAAGUUAUGUGGAAGAACUGCGUCUGAAGUACUUUACAACUUCAAAUUUUUUGCAGGCUCCACCAAAUCUCCCAAUUACUUUAAAGCAAAAAAAUAAUUUGAUCCAACCGAAAAACAUUAAAGUCACAAUACGAACCAGUUCAAAACAGAUUGGUAUUAAGCAUGGUAAAGUUAAAACAAAGUUAUUGGCCUUAGAGACGACUAAUGAAGACAGCAAUGAGAAUACAGUUGGCUCUUCACAGAACCCGAAUAAAAUCGUUGAUCAUACCAAAGAAUUCCAUAAUCUUAUUAAAAAGAAGGAUGAUACUGGAAGCAAUGAUGAAAAUGAUCAUUAUAGCAACAGUUACAUGAAGGAUAUACCUGGAGAUGAUGCUUACGAUAGUGAUGAUAUAUUGGCACCGUUAAGAAAAAAGAAUAGUUUGGAGGAAACGCCGACUAGGCAUAAUACUGUUGUCAGUUAUUAUACAAAAACUAAAACUAGGUUAAGAAGUGGUACUCUUGACAACUCUUAUUCACAACUGCAGGAACUACCUUCAAAUAUUUUAAUUAGUGAUUAUGAAGAUAAGGAAAAUAUAAAGGAUGCCAAUUAUGACGAUGUAUCCAAUAGCGAAGGUGAUUCUGAACAAGAAUACAUUACAAGAGGCAAUUUGCAUAUUGCUAAUCCUGAUGGGGAAUCGGAUUAG